AUGUCGUCACAAGUUUCUUUGAUGCUUAAAUCAAGUUUGUUAACAAAGUUCAAUAUUUACAAAGUUGUAAAUAACGAAUCGCCCGAAGAAUCGUCCGAGGCCGAACCCAAAGAGUCGCCCGAGACCGAGACCGAACCUGAGGAGUCGCCCGAGGCCGAACCCGAAGAGUCGCCCGAGGCCGAACCCGAAGACUCGCCCGAGGCCGAACCUGAAGAGUCGCCCGAGGCCGAGCCCGAAGAGUCGCCCGAGGCCGAGCCCGAAGAGUCGCCCGAGGCCAAGCCCGAAGAGUCGCCCGAGGCCGAGCCCGAAGAGUCGCUCGAGACCGAGCCUGUAGAGUCGCCCGAGGAUGAGCCCGUAGAAUUGCGAGAGGCUGAGCCCAUAGAGUCGCCCGAGGCCGAGUCUGAACCCGAGGAGUCGACUGAGUCUGAACCCAAAGAGUCGCCCGAGGCCGAGCCCGAAGAGUCGCCCGAGGCGGAAUCCGAAGAGUCGCCCGAGGCCGAAUCCGAAGAGUCGCCCGAGGCGGAAUCCGAAGAGUCGCCCGAGGCCGAAUCCGAAGAGUCGCCCGAGGCCGAGCCCGAAGAAUCGCCCGAGGCUGAGCCCGAAGAGUCGCCCGAAGAGUCGCCGGAGGUCGAACUCGAAAAGUCCCCCUCGGCCUAGCCCGAAGAGUCGCCCGAGGCCGAAACCGAAGAGUCGCUCGAGGCCGAGCCCAAAGAAUCGCCCGAGGCUGAGCCCGAAGAGUCGCCUGAAGAGUCGCCCGAGGCCGAGUCCAAACCCGAGGAGUCAACUGAUUCUGAACCCGAAGAGUCGC